CCACGGGACCACACGGGUAAAUCAAGAUCCAGUGUAUCGGAAUUUACAGCGGCUCAUAAAACGAGUCGUAAUGCAAGCUGCUUCUGGACAGAGGUGGCGUGACCGGCUUCAGAUGCUGUACGGUCAGAUGAGGGGAUGAUGAGAUGAGCAGGCAGCCAAGAGUUGUCAACAAUUGUAGACCUAAAGGAAGAGUUGGUAGACACCUCCAUGUACAGGACUCUCAAUUUUAUUCCCUCAAUUCAUUCUGAGAUUUUACAAACAUGGAACUACUUUUCAAGUCGCCUUUAUAAGGAUCGUCAGAAUGAACCAUGAUGACCUGCUUGGUUGUUCCUUCUGUGAACAGAAGUACGCCGUGAAGCGCCGUGACCCCCGCCUCCUGCGCUGCCUCCACGCUAUCUGCGAACCCUGUCUGCAACAACACGGGGACCUCCGGGACACCGACUGCAAGACAUGCUCCGCCGAGCAGAUCGGGCGGGAGGGAAUUCCAGUCGACUACGUCCACCGCAAUGAGCUCAUCCUAUACAUGGCCAAGCACGCCCCUGAGAGGCUGCAAUGCACCAACAAACUGGAUGGCAAUAAGGGGAAGGUGUACUGCUUUGAAUGCAACCAUUUCCUCUGUGACCAAUGCGAGAGCUACCACGCCCAGUUGGAGUCUACCAUGAACCAUAUCUCCGUGGACCUGGGAGACCUCACCUCCCACCCACUGACAGAACAGGAGACGAAGCAGAAGUGUUCCUCUCACCCUGACUACCCCGUGGUGUUCUACUGCCGGGAGACAUCGUGCCGGAAGCUCAUCUGCCUCUACUGCUACACAAAGGAACAUUCCGGGCACGACACUCAAGACAUUGAUGAUGCAUAUGACGAAGAGAAGGAGCGCCUGAAGAGCACGUCCAACCGCCUGGAUUCCAAGAUCACAUCUGUCAAAGCAUUGGAACCGAUAACCAGGAAAGCCAGCGAGCAGAGGCAGAGAAUCCACGAUGCCUUCGAGAACAUCCGCAUCUCUGUCAGUGAUCGUCAGCGGCACCAUCAGCAACUUUUGAACUACCACUACGGCGCAUUCCGUCAGACAUCGAACGAGAACCUCAUGCUUCUGAGAGAGCAGAUAACCCGGACCAUGGAUUACUACUAUCAAGCUAUGUCCUUCUUCCAUGACCCCGAGUAUGAGGUCUUGGAGGGUGGGAUCCCACUGAAGACGGACACGACUGAACCCAUGACUCCCGACUCUGACUUGGUGUUUGUGCAGGUUGGGCUGGCAAACCUUCUGCAAGAUAUCCGAACAUUUGGGAAGGUGAAUAAGCUUGUUCAUGAAUCAAACUGUUAGGUUUGAAGUUAAUACGUUAACAAAUACAUUACCCCUAUUGCCCAAGGCAAGGCAUCAAUUACAAAUCCACUCUUAUUUAGAGGCACUAUCGGGGAAGAAUCGUAACGGCUGAUGCCAGCUGAUGUUGAUCUUAAUGAUCAUGAACUAUAUGCUAUUAGUUUUACUUAUGUUUAGCUGUGUAUGGUAAAGGAGAACGUUAAUGUUUAUAAGAAUAAUUUAAUUUACAGGCCUGUUGGAGAUGUUGUAUACAUGAACAUGAAUAAAAUA